UCGUCUCUGUUUCAAGAGCAGUGCGAGUGUGUGUACAUCGAGCUAACGAAUGAAAGACGACCAAGAUCGACCCUGUGUCCAUCACGUCGCCGUACAUUCACCCUACGUACCUGCAGGGAAUUAAAGGAUAUUUCGUCCGAGAGGUCCCCACAUUUCAAGAGAAGACGAAAGCCUUAUUUGGAAAUCUUAUGGACGAAGAAAUGAGUCGCCAGACUGCCACCGCGCUGCCCACAGGAACCUCCAAGUGCCCCCCCUCCCAGCGCGUACCCACCCUGUCAGGCACCACUGCCUCCAACAGUGACCUGGCCAGCCUGUUCGAGUGUCCUGUCUGCUUCGAUUAUGUCCUACCCCCCAUCCUGCAAUGCCAGUCGGGGCACCUGGUAUGCUCCAACUGUCGGCCCAAACUUACCUGUUGCCCCACCUGCCGAGGCCCCCUGGGCUCCAUCAGGAACCUGGCCAUGGAGAAGGUGGCCAACUCUGUCCUCUUCCCCUGCAAGUAUGCCUCAUCGGGCUGCGAAGUCACCCUGCCUCACACCGACAAGACGGAGCACGAAGAGCUGUGCGAGUUCCGACCGUACUCCUGCCCCUGCCCCGGCGCAUCCUGCAAGUGGCAGGGCUCUCUGGACGCCGUCAUGCCUCACCUGAUGCACCAGCACAAGUCCAUCACCACGCUGCAGGGGGAGGACAUCGUCUUCCUGGCCACAGACAUCAACCUGCCGGGCGCCGUGGACUGGGUAAUGAUGCAGUCGUGCUUCGGCUUCCACUUCAUGCUGGUGCUGGAGAAGCAGGAGAAGUACGACGGCCACCAGCAGUUCUUCGCCAUCGUGCAGCUCAUUGGGACUCGCAAGCAGGCCGAGAACUUCGCGUACCGGCUGGAGCUGAACGGCCACCGGCGCCGCCUGACCUGGGAGGCCACGCCGCGCUCCAUCCACGAGGGCAUCGCCACGGCCAUCAUGAACAGCGACUGCCUGGUGUUCGACACGUCCAUCGCACAGCUGUUCGCCGAGAACGGCAACCUGGGCAUCAACGUCACCAUCUCCAUGUGCUAAGAACUUCGAGAGAAAGAAGGGGGUCAACAACAACAACAACAACAUAAAAAAAAAAGUUACAGAUUGUUUCCCAGUUGGGGGGAGGCGAAGGGGGGAGGGGGGUGCAUUUUAAGAGUGCGGGAGGGGAGGAGGGGUCAAAUCAGUUGUGACCUCACAGCGCCCUCUCUCUCUCUCUCUCUUUCUCUCUCUCUGCCUCACCCCCUUGAGAUAGACUUUGACAUGGAACUCGGACUGUCUGAUGGGGCAGCCGUUGGAGGCCCAGGGGGUGGGUGGGAUGGAUGAUGGAUGGAUGAUUGGAUGGAUGGAUGGAUGGAGACGGAUGAGUGAAGAAAUGGAGAAUAAAAAAAAAAAAACACGAGGACAUAACUGUAGUGAUGGCUAUAGCCUUAUAAACACACACAUAUAUAAACAUAUAUAUGUGAGACACGUGCACGCUCACGCCGUCUCGCCCUCUCUCUCUCGCUCUCUCUCUUCGGUCAUAAACACGGACACAAACUGACAAGCUGUUCAGUCAAACACUCUCGUCUCUUUGUCAGCGUCUCUUCUCAGUGACCCCGCCCCCCUCACCACUCCUGCUUCUUCCCACUCUUAUUUCAUUUUUUUUUUUUUUUAGUUGUCUCUCUCUCUUUCAAACUUCGUCUUUCACCCUGAGACAUUUCAGACACUACAGCUCUCCAGUCUGUACUCCCACAGAGACGCAGGAGGCUGGUCAGAGGAGCAGCUCUGUGAACCUGACAGCUACACACACCGAGGAAGACUCAAGCUAUGUAUUUCAACCAUGGACUCUUGGUCAGUGCUAGGCAGUUAGCCAGCUAUCUAGCCCCCCCCCCC